AUGUCCUACAAUCGCUUGGGAGAUCCCUAUGGGGAAGACGACAGUCGCUCCCCCAUCAUGAACCCCAGCCAGCUUAGUGCUCGAUCUCCGUCGCCGGGACGGCCGUUGAAUGGCUACCAGUUGUCGGAUCACCCUUACGGACCACAAGAACAUCUCCCGAUGCCCUCUAGCGACCGUCUGGCGGAACAACCAACGUAUUCCGUGGAAAGAAUACCAAACUCCUACGGUCAUAAUGAACACUACGAAGAAUACCACCCGCAAUUAUAUCCUGGCCACGAAUAUUCCGUAGAUCCUGAGGCACACCAUGAUGCUUACUACACCCAACCCUAUCACCCAUCCAUCACUCAGCAGAACGACUACGACUUAGGUCAAUAUCCCGAGCAUCAGAAUUCCUACGUCGAUGACCGCGUCCCAAUAUUACAGCAGUCGGAGAACCCAUUUGGGCCAGACCCUUACAGUGACGAGUAUCACGACGAUCCUGCGCACACUCCAAGCCCUGCUCCGAUCCGUCGAUGGAAGACGGUGAAGGAGGUGCAACUUUUCAACGGCAACCUUGUCCUUGACUGCCCCAUUGCACCGAAGCUACUCAGCCAAGUUCCUCACGCCGAACCGCCUGGUCGCGACGAGUUCACCCAUAUGCGCUACUCCGCCGCAACCUGCGAUCCUGCUGAUUUCUUCGAAGAGCGUUUCACGCUGCGACAGAAGCUAUUUGCUAAACCUCGACACACGGAGUUGUUCAUUGCGAUCACCAUGUACAACGAAGAUGAUUUUCUCUUUGCGCGCACGCUAAUUGGUGUGUUCAAGAACAUUGAGCACAUGUGUUCGAGGACGAAUAGCAAAACCUGGGGCAAGGACGCAUGGAAGAAAAUCGUAGUGUGCGUCAUCAGCGAUGGUCGUGCGAAAAUCAACCCGCGAACACGUGCGGUGCUCGCUGGUUUAGGUGUGUACCAGGAUGGGAUCGCGAAGCAGCAGGUCAAUGGCAAGGACGUGACGGCACACAUCUACGAGUACACGACCCAGGUUGGUCUAGAAAUGAAGGGUACCCAAGUCCAUUUGAAAUCUCGUUCAGCCGUCCCUGUGCAGAUGAUCUUUUGCCUGAAAGAAAAGAACCAAAAAAAGAUUAAUUCGCACCGUUGGUUCUUUCAGGCCUUUGGGCGUGUGCUUGAUCCUAACAUAUGCGUCCUUUUGGAUGCUGGAACGAAACCUGGCAAGGAUUCCAUCUACCUUCUGUGGAAGGCCUUCGACGUGGAGCCGAUGUGCGGCGGCGCCUGUGGUGAAAUCAAGGCCAUGUUGUCUCAUGGAAAGAAGCUGCUUAACCCGCUGGUGGCUGGGCAGAACUUCGAGUACAAGCUGAGCAAUAUCCUCGACAAACCGUUGGAGUCCGCCUUCGGGUUCAUUUCGGUCCUUCCUGGUGCCUUCUCUGCAUACCGGUACGUCGCACUGCAGAACGACAAGAAUGGUUCAGGGCCACUAGAGCGGUACUUCCUGGGCGAAAAGAUGCACGGUGCCAACGCCGGUAUCUUCACGGCCAAUAUGUACCUGGCGGAAGACCGGAUCCUUUGUUUUGAAAUCGUGACCAAGCGCAACUGCCGCUGGCUGCUUCAAUAUGUCAAAUCCUCUACCGGCGAGACUGACGUUCCCGAUCGGAUGGCCGAAUUUAUCCUCCAGCGUCGUCGAUGGCUUAACGGUAGUUUCUUCGCAGCAGUCUAUGCCAUUGCGCAUUUUUACCAGAUCUGGAGAAGUGACCACACCUUUUUGCGAAAGUUCAUGCUUCUCAUUGAGUUUUUAUACCAGACCAUUAACAUGCUGUUUGCUUGGUUUGGCAUUGGAAACUUUUUCUUGGUUUUCCAUAUUCUUACAACGUAUCUCGGUGACAAGGAGCUUCUUGGCACGGCUGGGAAAGUGCUCGGGGUGGUGUUCGAAUGGCUCUACCUCGCGACACUGGUUACCUGUUUUGUCUUGGCCCUAGGCAACCGACCUGGCGGAUCCAACAAGUUCUACAUGACUAUGGUCUACUUCUGGAUCGGAAUCAUGAUCUACUUGGCGUUUGCUGCCGUGUUCGUGACGGUUAAAUCGAUCCAAAAGGAAGUGCAGAAGGGCGACUUCACUUUCUCCACGCUAUUUACCAAUUCGACAUUCUUCUCUAUUAUUGUGUCAUUAGGCUCGACGUACGUUAUGUGGUUUCUUGCAUCGUUCAUUUUCCUGGACCCGUGGCACAUGUUCACUUCGUUCAUCCAAUAUAUCCUGCUCACCCCAACGUAUAUUAAUGUGUUAAAUAUCUACGCAUUCUGCAACACGCACGAUAUUACCUGGGGUACUAAAGGAGACGACAAAGCAGAGAAGCUACCCUCGGCCAACCUGAAGCCCGGCGGCAAAGUGGACGUCAACAUCCCGCAGGACGACGGAGACCUGAACGCGCAGUAUGAUGCCGAGCUAGCCAAGUUCGCGCAGAAACCGCCCAAGGAAAAGGAGGUCGUUUCGGAGGAAGACCGACAGGCGGAUUACUACAAGGGGUUCCGAAGUGCGGUGGUGCUGGUAUGGGUGUUUUGCAACUUUGCACUGGCAGCCGUUGUCCUGAGCGCCGCAGGCCUCGACAAAUUCGAUACCAAGACGGACAGCAAUUCGAACAGCAACAAACGGGCUGAAAUCUACAUGGCUGUUGUGCUAUGGAGUGUCGCGGGGUUGUCUAUUUUUAAGUUCAUCGGAGCGAUGUGGUUCUUGGUUGUGCGAAUGUUCCGGGGUGUUUGA